UGUUGAUAAUUUUGGACUUGGUCUUCUGCUUCAGACUAAGCAGAUAAAACGUAUGGUGUCAUCGUAUGUUGGAGAGAACGCUGAAUUUGAACGGCAGUACUUAUCUGGAGAGCUUGAGGUUGAGCUCACACCUCAGGGUACGCUCGCUGAACGUAUUAGAGCAGGAGGAGCAGGAAUCCCAGCAUUUUACACGAGCACUGGCUAUGGGACGCUAGUGCAGGAAGGGGGUGCACCUAUCAAAUACAACACAGAUGGCACCAUUGCCAUUGCCAGCCAGCCAAGAGAGGUGCGAGAGUUUGAUGGCCGUCACUUUAUUCUGGAGAAGUCAAUUACAGGAGAUUUUGCUCUUGUGAAGGCAUGGAAGGCCGAUCGUGCAGGAAACAUCAUUUUCAG